AUGGCUAACGAUGAUGAUGUUCCUCCUGGAUUCAUCAAUGCGGGUGAUAACAGAGUGAUCCCGCAGAAUCAGAAUGCACAAGGCCAGAAUAACAAUGGGCAGAGGGCGCCGACUUUGAUGGAAUUCUUUCAGCCAAAUGUGGGCAACACGACUCAUGGUUACUUUGCUCAUCCGGUGCAUACGCCGCACUAUGAAAUCAAGACGAGUUUCAUCCAGCUCUUGGAAGCUCGUUGUCAGUUCUAUGGUCUGCCGACUGAAGACCCGAAUGCACAUCUAGCAAAUUUUCUUGAGGUGUGCAGUACUUUCAAGAUCAGUAACAUGACUGAGGAUGAAGUAUGGCUGCGCCUAUUCCCAUUUUCUCUGAGGGGUAAGGCGAAGCAAUGGAUUCAUGCUUUACCUAGAGCAGGGGUGAACACUUGGGCAGACUUGGCCAAAGCUUUCAUGCACAAAUAUUUCUCCAUGGCAAAGACUGCGAAGUUGACUAGGGAUAUUAUGCUCUAUCAGCAACAUGAUGGAGAGUCAAUACAUGAAGCUUGGGAGCGUUAUAAGGAGAUGCAGAGGAAAGUUCCCCAUCAUCACAUCACCAGGGAAAAUCUGAUCCAGAAUUUUUAUAAUGGGUCCACUGAGUUGGGCAGAAGCGCGAUAGAUGUAGCUGCAGGCGGAUCACUGAUGAGGAAGACAACUGAUGAAGCAUUUGCGUUAUUAGAUGAGAUGGCUAUGAAUGGGUGUACUUGGCCGAAUGAAAGGGCAAGAGUACCGGCGCAGAAAGGAGUUAUGGCAAUCACAGCUGAUCCGGCUGUAGAGAGUCUGAGAGCGAAGAAUGCUGCUUUGCAGGCUCAGGUGGAUAUUCUUAUGAGGCAGACUGCAGGAAUGAAUAUGGGUAAUGUGGCUGCUAUUCAAAGUAGCUGUGAAGUGUGUGGAGAUCCUACUCAUGUGUCAAGUGAAUGCUAUGUGAUGGGACAGGCUUUUAAUGAGCAGGUCAAUUUCGUGGGAGGACAGAGACAGGGUAAUGAUCCAUACGCUGCUACUUAUAACCCAGGCUGGAGAAAUCACCCGAACUUUUCUUGGAAGGAUAAUGGGGGUAAUGCCAACACUCAGGCUGGUCCAAGUUUUCAAGGAGGACAGAGACCACAACAUAAUCAGGGCAACUUCCAAAAUCAUGGGAACGUCCAGAACCAAGGGAAUUUCCAUCAUCAGAAUGCUAGGCCACAGCAUCCACCUGGUUUUCAGCAGAGAGAGCAAGGUGAGUCUCUCCAUAGCAAGUUUGACAAGAUGAUGGAGAUGAUGAUGAAGAAGGAUGCUGAGACGCAGCAGACAUUUAAAAAUCAUGCUGCCACCAUUCAUAAUCUUGAGGUGCAGAAUCAGCAGAUGGCUAAAGCACUGCAGAGCAGAAAUCAAGGGGGUUUGCCAUCCACUACUGAGGAAAACCCCAGAGAGCAUCUCAAGGCUAUUGAGUUAAGAAGUGGGAAAGCACUGGAUGAUCCAUAUGCAGGACGUGCUACAGUUGAGGCGGAAAAGGAACAGUGUGAGGGUGGCGAACCUGAAAAGGUAGUUGCUAAACCACCCCCACCACCUCCUUUUGUGCCAAAGGUGCCAUUUCCACACAGAGUGAAGAAGCCGCAAGACACUUGGAAGUUUCACAAAUUUCUUGAAACUUUCAAGAAGCUUCAGAUUAACAUCAGUCUGGCAGACGCAUUGAGAGAGAUGCCGCACUAUGCAAAGUUUCUCAAGGAGAUCAUCACCAACAAGCGGAGUUGGGAUGCAGAAGGACCAGUACCAAUGACAGAAAACUGCAGCUCAAUCAUAUUGAGCAGUCUACCGACCAAGCUUAAGGAUCCAGGAAGUUUCACUAUCCCUUGUACUAUCGGUAACAUGCAUAUGUUUGGUGAUCAACAGGUACAGGCUACGCCAAUGAUGUUACAGCUAGCAGAUCACUCUCUGAAAAAGCCACAUGGGAUUGUGGAGGAUGUCCUAGUGAAGGUCAACAAAUUCAUAUUCCCUGUGGAUUUUGUUGUCCUUGACUAUGCAGCGGACAAGGAGUGCCCGAUGAUAUUGGGGCGACCAUUCAUGAACACUGGCAGAGCUCUUAUCGACGUUCAUGAUGGCAAGCUGACUCUGAGAAUUGGGGAUGAAAGCGUUGAGUUUGAUAUGAGGAAGAUCACACGCCAUCCAAAUUCUGGAGGUGAAUGUAUGCGGGUAGACAUGGUGGAUGAGUUAGUAGAAGAACAACUAGCAGAAAACAAAGCCAUCAUACAGUCUAUGCCGAAUACAGAAGAAGAGGCUGAAAGGGAGGAGUACUUAGAGGAACCAGUCCUCGAACCUGUUGAAGAGCAAGCACAUCACUCCUCCCUCUUCAGAAAAGCCACCAAAAGUAGAGCUCAAGACUUUGCCUGCACACUUAAGAUAUGCUUUCUUGGGAGCCGAUGGCACUUUGCCGAUCAUCAUCAGCAACAAGCUCACCAAGAAGCAAGAGCAGAGGGUUAUUGA